AUGGGUUUCACCGACUUUGUCUCUGAUGCCGGCCUGACUCUGGCCAACCACUUCCUGUCCACUCGGUCCUACGUUGUUGGCAACUCGCCCAGCCAGGCCGAUGUCGUGACCUUCAAGGCCUUCAGCGCCGCCCCUGACGCCGCCAAGUACCCCCACGUUGCCCGCUGGUACAAGCACAUCGCCUCUUACGAGAGCGAAUUCUCCACCCUCCCCGGUGACUCCUCCGCAGCUUACACUGCCUACGGUCCCGAGACUGUCGAUCUUCCCUCCAACCCCAAGGACAAGCCCGAGGAGUCCGAUGAUGAGGACCUCUUCGGCUCCGACUCCGAGGAGGAAGACCCCGAGGUCGUUGCUGAGCGCAACAAGCGUCUCGAGGAAUACAAGGCCAAGAAGGCCCUCAAGACCAAGCCCGCCGCUAAGUCUCUUGUCACCCUGGAGGUCAAGCCUUGGGAUGAUGAGACUGUUCUUGAGGAGAUGGAGGCUAACGUCCGCGCCAUUGAGCAGGACGGCCUCGUCUGGGGUGCCUCUAAGUGGGUUCCCGUCGGCUUCGGUAUCAAGAAGCUCCAGAUCAACCUUGUCGUUGAGGACGAUAAGGUUUCCACCGAUGAGCUCCAGCAGAGAAUUGAGGAGGACGAGGACCACGUCCAGUCCACUGAUAUCGCUGCCAUGCAGAAGCUGUAA